AUGACCUUAAGAUGGUUUAAUGGGUUACGAAGAAGUACCAUUCACAGUUUUGCUGAGUUGAUCCAGGAAUUCGGUGCUCGAUUUGUGACAUGCAGCCGGGUGCCACAACCGGUGGACGCGUUACUAUCCAUAAAGAUAAGGGUUAGUGAAACCCUUUGGAAUUAUACCAGUUGGUAUUGGGAGCUUUACAAUGAAAUUGGUGGGGGUAACGAGAAGAUUACAGCGAGCACUUUUAGGAUGUGGCUGCUCAAGGAUUCUGAAUUACGGGAGUCGUUGACGAAAAGGCCUCUCGAGAAUAUGAGGCAACUCAUGAGGUGUAUUGAGGAGUAUAAACGCCUUAAGGACGAUCGGUUGCAAAAUAAGGGCAAGGCCUCGUUGCUAAAUCGUUCUCGGCAAGGCGUUUUUCCCCUGAGACCACGGAAGGAUUUCAGGAUGCAGGCACUGGAAGCAAAAAUUGGGGGGGGGGUGAACGUGGCAUUCAAGGAGUCUGUACACAAGAUUGUAGACCGGAUUAAGAACGAACCAUUCUUUAGGUGGCCGAACAAGAUAGGGGGUGACCCGUCUCGAAAGAAUCAAAACUUGUAUUGUACAUACCAUAGGGAUAAGGGGCAUACCAUCAAGCAAUGUCGGGUAUUAAAAGAUCAUCUAGGGCAACUGGUGAAGGCCGAAUAUUUGAAAGAGUUCGUAGUGGAUUUCGGAAAUCGGGAUGCUAGUCAUGGUGCUCAGCAAAAAGGGAACGCUCUCCCAUCGCCAUUAGGGGUGAUUGAGGUCAUCCAUGCUGCCCCGAGGGGUGCGACUAUAACCAGAAAAGGGGUGUUGACAGUGGCACCCAAAGAAAAUUUCUCGGGAGAACAACCCCCCAUAAAGAAAAUAAAAGUUGGUUGGGGGCCCAUCACUUUUGACAAGGAGGAUCUGGAGGGAAUGAUUCAAUUGCACGGUGAUGCGUUGGUAGUGACCGCGCAAAUAAACGGCUUCUUAGUGAAAAGGGUGAUGGUAGAGCAGGGAAGCGGGGUCAACGUAAUGUACUCGGAUCUAUUCGAAGGGUUCAAAUUAAAGAAUCAGGACUUGAUGAAGUAUGAUACGCCGUUGGUCUCUUUUAAUGGAAGGGUGGUGAUUCUCGAAGGUCAAAUUUCGCUUCCUGUAAAUAUGGAAGGUAAGGAGGUGACGGUGACCUUCAUAAUAGUCAGUUCGUUCUCCCCAUAA